AUGAAACUCCAAUCUCGAUGCCAUCUCUACGUUGCAAUGUUCAUGUUACCCGAACUUGGAAGCAACCCGGACCUGUCGAUAACAAUCCCCGUCGUCGAUCAAUUCACUACCUUCGUCUUUUUGCUUCUCUCCAGCAUGAAGGUGGUUAACACCCCCUUCGUCCUUGGUUGCUCGUUUUUCUUGUCGCUCGUUCAGGCCCAACUUCCCCCUUUCUCGCCGUCUGCCCUUGCCGCAUAUACCCCCAAAAAUGUAGACUGUCCCGCUGGAUUUACCCUCGUUCGUGACGCCAAGGGCUUGGGUGCCCAAGAAAGCGACUAUCUGAAAUCUCGUCAUUCCACCGCCCUCCCCGCUGCCUUUGCCACAUUCUUGGCUAAUUUGGCUUCCACCAAACAGCCAGUUCCAUUGACCGUCAAAGAGGUCUUUUCCGGAAAACGUGGCGCAUCUCCCUCCUAUGGCCUCGCAUUCAGUGGCGGAGCUUUUCGCGCGGCACUCUUCGACGCAGGAGCAGUGACCGCUUUCGAUUCUCGAAACAAAACUUCCAGCUCGUUGGGUUUUGGCGGUAUCCUUCAAGGAGCAUCGUAUAUGUCUGGCUUGUCUGGAGGAGGGUGGUUCGUCACUGCUCUCACCCAAGCAAACAUGCCGACUGUCCACGAAUUGGUCUUUGGUCCCUCUUCUCCUACCACCGAUGGUUACGGUGGAUUUAACGUUGCUUUCGACGUCUUGACACCGUUCGGGAGCAAUAACACGCUCAACCAGGCAUUCAUUGGUGGCCUGAUCGUUGAAACAACCGGCAAGGUCGGUUCACCUGCGGGAGGCCAUGCUGGUCUUCCCGAUGCAUUCGGACUGUCGCUCGCUAGACACUUUGCAAACGGUACCAAUGCAGCAAAUCUUCUGGACCUUGAAAACGCAGCACACGGCGCCGGGCAACUGUUUUCGGGCAUCUCGAAUGUUCCUGCCUUCAAAUCACACCAGAUGCCGUUCCCAAUUAUAUCAACAACCCUUCUUUCGAAACAAGGCAACACCAGCAACAUCGUUCCCAGAAAAAUCGUUCCUUUGUCAAACACUAAAUUCGAGUACAACAUUUUCGAAUUUGGCUCCUACGACCCGACUUUGAACGCAUUUGUCCCACUGCAACAGCUCGGAACUGUCAACACGAGCUCUUGUGUUUCAGGCUUUGACCAAAUCGCCUUCGUGCUCGGGUCGACUGGGGACAUCUUUCCAGCAGUCAAUGCUUCUGCACUAUUAACACCCAGCGAUCCCACAGUACUUCAGUUCCAAGCAACUGCCGCUGCUUUCCAACAAAUAGUCCCACAGCAAAAUGUUCGCUUGGAUGCAGCACUUGUUCCGAAUCCUUUCCAAGGCCGUGCGGGUUUCUCUGAGGCCGAUGAGGAUAUUCUUAGUCUGGGCGACGGUGGAAUUGACGGCGCCAAUCUGCCUCUCCAACCGCUGUUGGCCAAAGCUCGGAAUGUUCAAACUAUCAUUGCUGUCGAUGUGUCCUCUGACACAGAUGACAACUAUGCUGCAGGAAAUGCACUUAUCGCCGAGUCCCGACGAGCAGCUCUCUUCCCUAACACUUACAAGUUCCCCAAAGUACCCGCCACGACUACCGAUUUCGUUGCACAACAACUCAACACUCGCCCGACUUUCUUCGGUUGUGACGAGGGCGCUGACGUCCCUCUGAUCGUGUAUAUUCCCAACGGCGGUCCUCUUCCUGGUCAGCCAGCGAUCACCAACGCAUCGACAUCGCAACUCUCCUUCCAAAACCUGCCUCUUGUGCAGUCGAUUGUCGACCAGGCCGCCCAGAUUGUUAUGCGCGGUCGGCCACAAGGGCAAGACACACGAGACAAGGCAUUCCCGGUCUGUUUGGCGUGUGCAUUAGCGGAGGGUGAGCGGACGAGGCUCAGACUGAGACGCGAUAAGGAGUGCGACGUUUGCUUCGAAAGGUACUGCUAUAAGCCGGCGGCAUCCAAGUCACGGAGAUCCAGAGUUAUUCGAGCGGGUUCGCGCUAA